ACGCUUGGCCAAUGGCUUGGCUUACGUUUCAGCUCGCGCCUGCUGUGCCUGCUGGUACCUUUUCUCCUUUUGUAGCAGUGGGUCUCCUGUACAAUAUUUGCUGAGAAAUUGGUGCUCUGGUUACCAUCUGCUUUGCGUGGCGCCCUGGGCGUUCACUAGGCUGCCAAGAUGGGUGUCCGCAGCUACAAUGAGGAGCUCGGCUACCUCGAAAAAAUGACAUCAGUCUCAUGGCGUAUCAAGAAAGGGUUUGUGCCAAAUAUGAAGGUUGAGGGAAUUUUCUACGUGAAUAACCUCUUGGAGAAGCUUAUGUUCGAAGAGCUGCGGAAUUCGUGCCGCCCAGGAAAUGUUGGUGGCUUCCUGCCAGGUGUUAAACAAAUUGGAAAUGUGGCCGCCUUGCCUGGAAUUGUUGGACAUUCAAUAGGGCUUCCCGACAUCCAUUCUGGCUAUGGCUUUGCAAUCGGCAACAUGGCAGCAUUUGACAUGGAUGAUCCCAAGGCAAUUGUGUCACCUGGUGGUGUGGGCUUCGACAUCAACUGUGGUGUCCGUCUGUUGCGAACCAACUUGAUGGAGAAAGAUGUUCUGCCCAUCAAGGAGCAACUGGCACAGAGUAUGUUCGACCACAUCCCCGUUGGCGUGGGCUCCAAGGGAAUCAUUCCCAUGAAUGCCAGAGACCUCGAAGAGGCCUUGGAGAUGGGCAUGGAUUGGUCCUUGAGAGAAGGCUAUGCCUGGGCCGAGGAUAAAGAACACUGCGAGGAGUACGGACGGAUGCUCAAUGCCGACCCUGCCAAGGUUUCAAUGAAGGCAAAGAAACGAGGCCUGCCUCAGCUGGGAACCCUGGGUGCUGGCAAUCACUAUGCUGAGAUCCAAGUAGUAGAGGAGAUUUAUGACAAGAAUAAUGCAGCCAAGAUGGGAAUUGAGCGUUGUGGUCAAGUAUGUGUCAUGAUCCAUAGUGGCAGCAGAGGGUUUGGACACCAAGUGGCUACCGAUGCAUUGGUGGCCAUGGAGAAAGCCAUGAAGCGGGACAAGAUCGAGGUCAAUGACCGGCAGCUGGCCUGCGCCCUCAUUCGCUCCGCUGAGGGACAGGACUACCUGAAGUCGAUGGCAGCCGCAGCAAACUUUGCCUGGGUCAACCGCAGCAGCAUGACUUUUCUGAGCCGUCAGGCAUUUGCCAAAGCAUACAACACAACCCCAGAUGACCUAGACAUGCACGUGAUCUAUGACGUGUCACACAACAUUGCCAAGGUGGAGCAGCACGUGGUGGAUGGCAAGAUGCGCACCUUGCUCGUGCACCGCAAGGGCUCGACACGAGCCUUUCCUCCUCACCACCCUCUCAUUCCCGUGGACUACCAGCUGAGUGGCCAACCAGUGCUGAUUGGCGGCACGAUGGGGACCUGCAGCUACGUCCUGACGGGCACUGAGCAGGGCAUGGGCGAGACAUUUGGUACGACUUGUCACGGCGCCGGCCGUGCACUUUCUCGGGCCAAGUCACGGCGAAACCUUGACUACCAGGAUGUACUGGACAAGCUGAAUGAGAUGGGCAUCUCGAUUCGCGUGGCCUCGCCAAAGCUGGUCAUGGAGGAGGCUCCAGAGUCGUACAAGAAUGUGACAGAUGUCGUAAACACCUGCCAUGAGGCUGGCAUCAGCCGCAAGUGCAUCAAGCUCAGGCCUAUCGCUGUCAUCAAGGGCUGAUUAAGAUUGUUUAUCUUCGGUGACUGGAAGGUGUCAAUGAGGCCACAUUUCCAAACUUUAGUGUUCAGGACUGACGUGGGAGCAUGGUUUCCACUAAGGGGUUUGUUACAAGAACAAGUUUGUGUGUUUAUGUGUGUGUUUGCAUCUGUUGACUGAUUAGAGGCUGAAUCUAUGUGCCCUGGUGAUGUCUGAUUCAAUGAAUGCCCUUGGACCGCCCUAGCUGGUGGCACCGCAAGGAUGAAACCUGGUGUUUUCCUUAUCUUUCCGUCUUCUUUUUAUUUUAUUAUGUGCCCUCCGUUCAUAUUCAAGCCACUAUGGACAGCUAUUUGAUGACUGGUACCAAGCUUCAUUUCAAAUACAGCUCAUAUAAUAAAAACUUCAAGCUGUCAUCACUUCUGGUCGAAGAAAAGAGGUAUUCCCCCAAGCCACAAACGUUUUGGAGCACAGAGUGUGAGAAAAUUAAAUUAGAUGCAGUUUACUUCUCCAUACAGUCGUCACACUCCUCUUGGAAAUUUUUGGCUUUGAGGUGAGGGCAUAAGCAAAUUUUAUCCCUCCGCCUCCCCCCCCCCCCCUUUUUUUUACAAUUUUUAUGCUCCAAGAACUGUUUUGGUCAGCUGUACAAGUGUAACAGUACGGUGUUGGUAGCUGAAGUGCUGCAGCUGUUGUCGAUGAGAACCUAAUAAUUGAGUACAAGCUCUACCCACAAAAACACAGUGCACUUGCCCUUCAUCCCUGAAAGAGCCAAACCAGCUGAAGUUGCUCACAGCAUAAUGACUUGCCUUGGUCUGAUGAUGCAAUUGCUAGGUUAACUGGAAAACAAAAGCUUGUUGUCUCAAGCCAAAAGUUUACCUUUGGAUGAGCACUAAUAUCGGGAUCACUCAUGAAAUUGGCCAAGACAUUCAGGUUCCAUCUUAAAACCAGUGACACAAAGACAGAUCUGUACAGAGAAAACCAGCCGUUUUAAACUCUAAAGAACACUAGACGGUACGGACGUAAGCAAACCUAAUUGGCUGGCACAUCUAUGUAAAUUGUGUUUUCGCUGGACAGCAUACAUGACCUUUUAUUCCUAGGUUGUCACCGGCUAUAGUAAUGUUUUUUGUUGACCCUCAAGUAACCUCGUGCUUUGCCCUUCGUUACUCAUGCUUCUUUUCUUGAUGGAAUUUAAAAGUGUUAUAUAAAGCAAUUGCUGUGUCCUACUCGUGGGAUCUAUAUGUAUAAUUGCAACUGCAUGAUCUUGCACAUAAAACAAAAGAGAUUAACUUUGCAGAGAUUUCUGAUGGCAGCAAUGUCUCCAUGCUUUUUUGGAAAACAUUUCUAUCAAUUUGCAUGUUGUCUACAGUGUGCGUGCUUGUCUUUCCUUCCUGUAGAAGUGAGUUGGUACGGCCCAAUUCACUUUGACAUGUAUUUAUUUGACAUAUUGCAUACUUGUCACUGAGCAAGUACAUGACGACACAGCAGCUGGCUGCUGUUUGCAACUGCUAUGAGCAAGUAAAGUGAUUUUUGAGCAUGACAAA